AUGAUCAAGGCCGCUCAGACUUCUUCCACCCCGGUACGAAUCGUCAAUGUGACUUCAUUCGGACAUCAGUACUCUCCCGUCCGAUUUUCCGAUAUCAAUUUCAGUAAACGCCCCGCCGAACUGCCGGCAGAAGAGCGACCCGAGCUGCAGAAGACCGAGUUCUUCACGGGCAGUAGUCAUGCCGAAGACGUCUACUACGGGUUUUUCUCCUACGCGCAAUCCAAAACGGCAAAUAUUUUGUACUCGAUCUCGCUGAACCAGAAGCUGUGGGCCAAGUACGGGAUUUCGUCGUUUGCCGUGCAUCCUGGCGCGGUCAACACGAACAUCAACCGACAUGCCACCCCUAGCGAAAUUGAGCAAGCGCUGAAGAGGGUCGCAGAGCUUGGCUUUGACUCUGCUGAGAAAACACCGGAGCAGGGGGCGAAUUCUUCUGUUCUCGCAGCCGUUGACCCCACAUUGCCACCUGUCGAUAUCUCGGAGGUCGAUGUCAAAGGGGUUGAUAUUGCCGACUGCAAAGUCGAUGAUGAAAAUGUGGCAGCAUUUGCUAAGAACCGUGCCUUUGCGGAACGACUUUGGAUGUUGAGUGAGGAGCUGGUGAAGCAGAAAUUCGACUUUUAG